AUGUUGACAUUGAAUGUUUUGACUGCACUGUUGGCACCAGGUGUGCUUUCAUCUGCUUUGCCUGCUCGCGAUCUUAAUGCACGUGCCGAGUCUGAUUCUUCUGCUCUUCAAUCCAUCCUGAACAACAUUGGCGCCGGUGGGUCUGCUGCAUCUGGAGCAUCUGCCGGCAUUGUGGUAGCAUCCCCAUCCAAAUCGGACCCCAAUUACUUUUAUACCUGGACUCGUGAUGCAGCCUUGACAUUCAAGGUCUUGAUUGAUGAGUUUAUUGCCGGAGACAGCUCGCUGGAAUCUACCAUCCAGGAUUACAUCUCUGCUCAAGCGAAGCUGCAGACCGUGUCUAACCCAUCUGGUGACUUAUCUGAUGGAUCAGGACUUGCAGAGCCCAAGUAUAACGUGGACGAGACUGCCUUCACAGGUGCUUGGGGUCGUCCUCAGCGUGAUGGACCCGCUCUUCGAGCGACAGCGCUGAUUGCCUAUGGCAACCAUUUGAUUUCGAACGAAAAGGAGUCCGUCGUCAAGUCGAACAUUUGGCCCAUCGUGCAAAAUGAUCUAAGCUAUGUUGCGCAAUACUGGAACCAAACCGGAUUCGAUUUGUGGGAGGAGGUUCAAGGCUCCUCAUUCUUCACUAUUGCCGCACAGCACCGCGCGUUGGUGGAGGGCAGUGCAUUUGCCAAGGCGCUGGGGGAGUCCUGCGAUGGAUGUGAUUCCCAGGCACCUCAGGUCCUGUGCUUCCUACAGUCCUUCUGGAAUGGCAAGGCUGUCGUUUCCAACCUGGCCAACAAUGGCCGAACCGGUCUUGAUGCAAACUCCGUCCUUGCUUCGAUUGCAAACUUCGACCCUAAGGGUACCUGCGAUGACGUAACCUUCCAGCCUUGCUCUGCUCGUGCCCUAUCAAAUCACAAGCUAUACGUCGACUCGUUCCGUUCGAUCUAUAACGUGAACAGCGGCAAGGAAGCUGGAACUGCCGUUGCUGUUGGACGUUAUGCCGAAGACACUUACCAGGGCGGCAACCCAUGGUAUCUGACAACACUGGCGGCGGCCGAGCAGUUGUAUGACGCUCUCUACCAGUGGAAGCAACAAGGGUCGCUGGCCAUCACCGAGACCAGUCUUCCAUUCUUCAAGGAUCUAGUUUCGUCUGCUGCCGUCGGAGAAUAUCCCAGCUCUUCGGACACUUACUCGUCCGUCACUACCGCGGUCAAGAAAUAUGCCGAUGGAUUUGUGGCUGUCGUUAAUCAGUACACGCCCAGCGGUGGAGCUCUGGCCGAACAAUUCGAUCGGGGCGACGGCAAGCCGACCUCUGCUAGUGACUUGACCUGGUCUUACGCGGCGUUCCUGUCUGCUGCUCGGCGCGAGGCUGGUACAGUGCCCGCUAGCUGGGGCGCGUCGAGUGCCAAUAAGGUGCCCUCGCAGUGUGAGGGAAGCUCGGCCAAGGGAAGUUACACGACACCAUCAGUUGGCUCGUGGUAA